AUGGGUAUUAUCCCCGGUCAAGACUCGACGGCCGGCAACGACAACUCUCUCAAGGCUCUGGAAAGAAAGAAGUAUGAUGGCAAUUCGAUAUUUCCCGUUUUUGUUGGUCCAGAACGUCAUCAAACAAUUUGCAAACGUCACCCUUCAGUCUACAACAUUGUCCAACUUUUCCAAGUCUUCGCACCGCAUCUCGCAAUUCACAGGCCAACGACCACCAUCAGCAUGUGUCAACGUCUCAAAAUCAUAUACUAUUAUCCUUGCGGCAAUAUCGCCUGCCUGCGUACCAAUGAGCAUUCUUUGACGAAAGAGGUCUUCGUCCCAGGGCAAGGACAUGUACUAAGCGUCGAUGUCAGGGGCAAUUGGUCCCGUUGUCCCGCAUGGGUUCGACAACAACCACGCGAAGCCGUCUUCAACCCUGCAGUGAGCUCAGAAGGCCGCUGUCCGCAUGCCCGCUGGUUUCACCACUUUCAUUGCGAGAAGGUUUGCGACGCGUGUAUUCAAGAGCCGGGCAAUGCUGAAGCCGCGAACAUCGGCUUUGCUUGUCAACAAUGGGGUAACCAUCGAGUUGCUGUGCCUCUAGAAUACAUGCCAGCUCAUCUGAGAAGUGCACUGUCGCGUAAGACUAGAGUUGAUUCUAACGGGUAUCUAGUAGGCGAUACCUUUAGCACCAAUGCUCAGGCGAGCAGCAGCAGCAGUGAGUCCCAUCUGUCGAGUUCGGAAACUUCGAGCAACGGACCAAAUAUGAUAGUGCGACUGCGUGAAGAGACUGAAGAAGUCAACAGAAUGUAUGGAAGCCUGAUGUUGCUUCCCCCAAACUCACCAUACCCUCAAAUCAUCGGUCUCGAACGCAAAGACCACUAUUUCACUCACCCUUUCGAUGCCGUAGGACUCGGGGGUAGGAUCCGGGAUUCAAAUGACCUUUGGAGUCGAGUCAGUCCGUACGGUUCUAUUGGGGCUGAAAUGGAUGUCUACCGUCAAGCCCAAUUUACACUGCCGCCAACUCCAGAGAUUCUUGGACAAAUUUCGGGAAGUGUUCAAGCCGCCAUACGGGCAUCUGAAGCUCGCGGAGGAAGAGGAGAAAUGAGGGCCCCCAACCCCGUACCUCGACCUUCCAUGAGCCAGGAGGAAAUCUAUGCUUGA